GGCUUUUUGGUGGUCGAUUUAAGAAAUCGACUAACUACACUAUGCUUUCAAGGCGACUCUGGUAUCGUUUCUAGAUUUACUGAGGAUGAUCUUACCUGGAAAGAGAUUGGGGUCUGCCAUGGGUGCAGGAUUGCCACCAUAUUCUGGAAUCUCUGGCAGGAGGUCCAUGAUGAAGUCAUGACUGAUAUCAAGAAAAUGAUCUCCUCGUAUCCUCAAAAUCGACUGGUCAUAACCGGCCAUAAUUUCGGAGGAUCUGUUGCCACUUUGGCUGCAGCAAUUCUAUCCGAAUAUGUCCCCGGACGGAAAGCAGAGCUGUUCACGUAUGGUUCUCUUCGCGCCGGGAAUGAAGCUUUCGCUGAAUAUGUCUCUUCGAAUGUCGACGUUUACCGCGUCACUCACAAAGCAGAUGUCAUUCCUCUGCUCCCCGGGCGAAGUCUAGGAUUCAGACAUCCUGGUCCGGAGUAUUUUAUCACAAGCGACAAUGAGAGAAUGGUAACUGAGUCGGAUAUUCGUGUGAUCGAGGAGGGUGAUUCUGCGACUGGAAACGGUCAAUAUGCGGUCAUGGACGCAUCAUGGGCGGGUAACAAGUGGUAUUUUGGGAAUAUCGACGCUGGGAAGGAAUAG